UGUGGGUGUUAAUAAAAAACUUGAUAAUGUGGCAUGUGAUAUCAACUUUACUCGAAAUGUCGAUCUAAUAAUGUUACCAUCAAAUAAAGCGAAUGAUUGGAAAACUAGUGUAAUACUUGAUCGAGUUUUUAUGCGCAUAUUACCUCGAAUUCAUGAGAAUGUAGAAUGUCUUACUAUUCAAGGAUGUUUCUUGCAACGUCUUCUUCUUGCUGGUAAUUAUCGUAACUUACGCAAACUCAUUCUCAUUAAUCUUGAAUUGAAGAUGGCUUCUCAUGUCUUCAAUGAAAAUUCUUCAUUUAUUCAUACUUUCAAACACCAAAUUUCAGAUUUGGUCGUAACGAUUAAUGUUCCAAUUUCAGAUAAAUCAAUGAAGAAUUUAAUAAUUGAUAUUUAUUCUAAAAUUUUUGCCUUAUUAACAAAUCUGGACUAUUUGGAUUUGGAUGUAGAUGAUAUCUAUCCUUUUCGACAAUCAUUGCUACGUGAUUUACCUUCUACCACAUGUUUUUCGUCGAAUAUUGUUCAUUUACGGAUUAAAAUGCACAAUUUUGAUGAUUGUCUAUAUCUACUUGAUGAUCGUCUUAGUCAAUUACAUACAUUUAUUAUCACUCUUGAUUACAUAUAUGAUAUGAUGAAUUUCAUGCGUCGUCGUCCAUUAAACAUCAGAGACGAUUCAUUAAAGAUCAUAAAUAAUUUGAAUACUCUACUUAAACUCAGGUGUUUUUCGUUAUAUGUAUAUUUUUCAACAAAUGAAUUCGACAAUCUAAUUGUGCCCCUUCUUCGUCGAAUGUCAAAUUUAGAAAAGUUAACAUUAUCUCUUCGUGUUCGUGGACGAAAUUCAUUCAUUGAUGGUACUUAUCUGCAUAACUAUGUGCUCAGUCAAAUGCCACAUCUACAUACAUUUGCCUUCAACAUUGUUACAGAUUUUGUCAGGAUUAAUCAACAAUUUAAACCGUCGUCUGAUGAUAUUCGACGCACAUUCAUCGAAAAAGGUUAUCAUGUUGAUUGUUCCGUCGAAUAUAAUGAUUUUAAAGGAGGUCGAUGUCACGUUUAUUCGCUUUCAUUCAAUAUCGAACGUAUACGUUACAUUACGCAUAGUUUUUCUGGUGGUAUGUUCAUGAAUGUUCGCGUUCUGCAUAUGUGUGACCUUACUCAUCCUUUCGAACACGAUCUUUUUGCUCGAAUCUCGCAUUCAUUUCCAUUACUCAGUAAUCUGACAAUCACCAAUAUAAUGCCACAAAAUGAAAAUCGAUCACAACAGCUAGUCGAAUCUGAAGAAGCAUCCUCAAUUAUUGAAUAUUCGCAUCUCGUCGAACUUAGCUUUAGCUGUACUAGUGCACAUAUUGACUAUGUGGAACAAUUUCUUUGCAGUUUGAAUACACGUCUACCUUGUCUUAGCAAACUUCAUGUUGAAUAUGAACAUUUAGUAACUGUUACAAAGAAUUUUACAAGAAAUACAACACGUAUGAAUUGUGCAAAAUUGAAACAUAUCAAUUUUCGUCGUAAACGUGGGAUCGUUCGUUCAAAAGAUUUUGACCUUUAUUUUCCUUUGUUAUCUUACAAUAAUUGUAAAUAA